GCCAAUUUUGACUCUGACACAAAUUUAAAAACGACGGUUAAAGCUUAAAGCAAGCAAACAAAAGAAAAUAUUUUAAAAGUUCAAAUUUUUAAAUAAAAUCACCUUAACAUGUCGAAAAUGCGAAACACCGAGGAGCUCGUCGAGAGACACUUAAAAACUAUAAAAAUUCCGGUUGGUUUCGAGGAAAACACCAAGAAAAUGGUCACAAACAUGAUAUCACAUCCAGCAUUUAACAAUCCAGAGUAUAAAUGGUCGCUUAAUAACUUCGAACUUGGUAGAAGAUUGGGUAGAGGAAAAUUCGGAAGAGUUUACCUUGCUAGAGAGAAGAGAACUGGAUUUCUGGUUGCCUUAAAAACAUUGAUAAAAAAAGAGAUUGUGGAAGGCAGGGUUGAAAGGCAAACAAUGAGAGAAAUUGAAAUUCAAAGCCAUUUAAAACAUCCAAAUGUUCUUCAGAUGCUGGCAUGGUUUCAUGAUUCUCACAGAAUUUAUUUGGUGUUGGAAUAUGCUGGCAAAGGUGAACUCUACACUCAUUUACAAAAUUCCCCCAAUGGUAGAUUUAAUGAACAUUUGUCAGCAAAGUAUGUUUAUCAGGUCGCAGAUGCUCUAGAUUAUUGCCAUCAAAACUCUGUGAUCCACAGAGAUAUAAAACCAGAAAAUUUGCUCUUAACUGUUUCUGGUGACAUUAAAUUAGCUGACUUUGGUUGGUCUGUGCAUGCCCCUUCCUUAUUACGGAAAACUAUGUGUGGAACUUUGGAUUAUUUGCCUCCAGAGAUGGUUGAUGGGAGAAAAUACAGACAUACGGUUGAUAAUUGGUGUUUGGGUAUUCUUUGCUAUGAAUUUCUUCAUGGUGUUCCUCCAUUUGAAUCAAAAUUACAAGAGGAAACUUACAAACGUAUUAGGGAAAGGGAUCUCCAUUUCAAAGAAUUCAUUUCUGAGGGAGCCAAAGAUUUAAUCCUUAAGUUGCUUGUCCUUAAAGGCGAAGACCGAAUUUCACUAAAAGACGUGAUGAAACAUCCUUGGGUGGUAAAAAACAAAUAAUUUUAGGAUAAAUGUUUCAGUGUUUUUGUGUCUUAUAAUUAAUUAGAAGGUGUAACCGUUAUUUAUUCAUUGACCAAAUACAAAUUAUGUUUUAUGUUACUGUUUCGACAUAUUUUUAAUAAAAAUGCAGGCUUAUAUUAAAAGGCA